UCUGCAGAGCAGGGAGGGGGAGAGCAGGAGGGGAUGGGGAUGCUUACCACCCCUGGUUCGUGGGGGACCUCAGCUCAUGUGGUUCAGGAAGACUGGGGUCCUGAUGGGAAGAAUAUGAGCCUACACAUUUGGUGGCAAAUCUCUCACAGGAACUCUCUUCCAGGGCUAAGUCUGGGCCAGAGGACCCGGAACCCUACAGGAACCCUCCCCAAACCCACCCUCUGGGCUGAGCCAGGCCCUCUGGUCACCUGGGGGAACCCUGUGACCAUAUGGUGUCAGGGGAACCUGGAGGCCCAGGAGUGCCAUCUGUAUACAGAGGGACACAUAGAGCCAUUGGACACACAGAGCCUACAGGAGCCAAGGGACAACAUCAAGUUCUCCAUUGCACACAUGACAAAGGACUAUGCAGGGAGAUACCACUGUUCCUGUCACAGUCCCAUUGGCAGGUCAGAGCCCAGUGACGCCCUGGAGCUGGUGGUGACAGGAGCCCACAGAAAACCUACCCUCUCAGCCCUGCCCAGCCCUGUGGUGGCCUCAGGAGGGAACGUGACCCUCCAGUGUGGCUCACAGGACGGAUAUGACAGGUUCAUUCUGACUAAGGAAGGAGAACACAAGUCCUCCUGGACCCUGGACACACAGCAACGUGCCAAUGGGCAGACCCGGGCUCUGUUCCCUGUGGGCCCCAUGACCCCCAGCCACAGGGGGACCUUCAGAUGCUAUGGCUGUUUCAGAGACAAACCCCAGGUGUGGUCACACCCCAGUGACCCCCUGGAGCUCCUGGUCUCAGGGGGCUCUGGGAAGCCCUCCCUCCUGACCCCGCAGGGCCCUGUCGUGGCCUCUGGACAGAGCCUGACCCUCCAGUGUCGCUCUGCCAUCAGCUACGACAGGUUCGCUCUGGCCAAGGAGGGGGCACGGGACCUCCCCCAGCGCCCUGCCUGGCAGCCCCAGGCUGGGCUCUCGCAGGCCCACUUCCCUCUGAGUGAGGUGAGCAGCCUCCAUGGGGGCCGGUAUAGAUGCUACGGUGGACACAACCUCUCCUCCCUGUGGUCGGCCCCCAGUGACCCCCUGGACAUCCUGGUGGCAGGACAGCUCCCCGACACACCCUCCCUCUUGGUGCACCCGGGCCCCUCGGUGGCCACAGGAGAUAACGUGACGCUGCUGUGUUGGUCAUGGAGUCCGAUAGACACCUUCCUUCUGUCCAAGGAGGGGGCAGCCAAUGCUCCCCUGUGUCUUAGAUCAAAAUACUAUGGUCAGCAGUUUCAGGCCCAAUUCUCCAUGACUCCUGUGACCUCGGCCCACAGGGGGACCUACAGGUGCUACGGCUCACUCAGCAGUGACCCCUACCUGCUGUCACACCCCAGUGACUCCCUGGAGCUCGUGGUCUCAGGGGCAGCAGACACCAUCCGCCCAUCUCAAAACCAGCCAGAUCCCACGAGCGCUUUUCCCCCACAAGACUACACAGUGGGGAACCUCGUCCGGAUGGCCUUGGCUGCCCUGAUCCUGCUGGGCCUCGGGAUUCUGCUCUUCCAGGCUCAACACGGCCAUGGAGGAACCCAAGACGCGGCCAGGAGCUGAGCACAGAGGCCACAGGGCACCGUUCAGAGUGGCAGAGCCUUGGCAAUGACCCGAUGGGCACAGGAGGUUCUGGAAGAGAAUCUGCAGUGUUGUGAGAACUGCCUGCUGAGACCAUGGAGGGAGAGACGGGGUGUGGGUACGGGCGGAGGACUGGGGAGUCCCCGUGCAGGGCUCUGCCUCUGUUACACCGAGGUGCUCUCCUCCUCCACGGACGCCUCUCCCUGAUGGCCUGUCUUCUCUCACAUGGCAGGUUUGGGUCCUCACUAUAUGCACUCAUGUUGUUUCACUUACAUAUAAUAUAUGUUCCUUUAUUUUUAAUUCCACAUUCACUAAUGUGUGUUAUUGACCUUUAUCCAUCCAUCCCAGAACACAGACUCUGUUUUAAUAACUGAAUAAAUGGGUGAAAACAAUCUCCAGUUUGGAAGAUAUAAAUCUAAAAUCACUCCCUAAAACUUUCCCAACAAUCCAUUCUCUCAUCAGAGGACACCUGGUAGAGUUUCUCCAGAAAGAAGAGCGGUUUGGAUGAGUACAGUGGCAUGUGAAGUUGACAGUCAGUGGGUAUGCUGGGAAAACAGCUCUAAAAAUAUAUGAUUUUUCAAAAG